AUGGACGGAUCAUCACUAGCAAUAUCAGUUGAGAAUCUCUCUGAAGCCCAUGUCAAAUCCACUUCAUUAACAGCUAUAAAGGAAAAAGGAAACAAAGCUCCUCUAAGGUUGAAUCAAGAGAUCACAAGUUUGGACAAUAAGAAGCUGAUAGACUAUGUUACAACUAAAUACAAAGAGAAAUAUGAAGACAACGCAAAAAAACUUCAAGUGGAUACCGUCUGCAAUCUAGCUCGUGGGUAUCACAGCUUUGUCCUUCCUGGAACCAGAUACGGAAAGUCAAGGAUAGCGGAGCUCUACUUUCACAUGUAUGCACCACAAAGGAGGCCGGUGGUGCUUGUACUCAAUCCAUUGGAUUCUUUGGGUGAAGAUCAAAGAUGUAUUUUAGCAGUGAAUUUCAAAGUUGACUUGUCCUGGUUGUUCUGGACAAGGCGCACAUGGUUUACGUGUGGGGGCUGGUCGAAUUGGGGAAAGAAAGGUUUCUGUCGGUACGGGAUUGACUCCAAGACUAUGGAAUUUUUUGGCCGUCUUAUGGAAAGCUGGGAGAUUGAUUGA